AUGGAUGUAAGAGGUAUUGAAGUAACAAAUCAAUUACGAAGCGCGAUAAGAGCAAAACUCUUAGAACUUGGAGUCCGUUAUGAUGAAGAGCUACCGGAUUACAUUCUGGUGAUGGUAGUGAACAAAAAAACCCGUCAGCAGAUGCACGAAGACCUUAAUUUGUUCCUGGAGGACAGUACGACGCCGUUUGUUGACUGGUUGCAUGACCAGGUGCUGAAGAAGCUCCAAAAAGUAACUGUGGCGAAGCAAAAGAAAGCCCAGCGAGAGUUUGUGCCAACAGUUGUCGUCAAACAGGAGGAAGAAAAGCGUAAGAAGAAAAUAGGGGAUGAACUUAAGGUAAAAAAUGAGCCGGUUAAUGAAUCUAAAGCAACUACACCCCCAGUUGUGAGUCCGGCUCCAAAAAGUCCUAGCUUGAGUCCCAGGCCUAGAGUGAAUUCUGAAAGUUCUAAGGCGAAGGUAGUGGAGGAAAAUGAACAGAUUUUGGAGCCGGAAAAAGUAAACCAGGUCCCAGUUGUUGAAGAUAAGGUCAAAAGGAGCAUUGAAGAUGAUUCCCAGCGACCUGACAAGCGUUUAAAAAGCGCUGACUCCAAGGAUGCAGAGGCUGAUGAAAGUGAAGGUAAAAAGUUGAAGUCUUGCGUGAAUAAACCGCGAAUUACUUCAGUUGUUUCAGUGAAAACACGGCUGGGUCUUGCGAGGAAUAAAUUUGAAGUUCAACGGAACGAGAGGGAGAGAGUCGAAGCUGGACGGAAUGAGGCUGAUCGCAGACAAGCUGAUAAAAGAGCUGACAGGAGGCUUUACGAGCCAAGACGGGAUUCUCGUGGCAGAGACGACAAAAGAUCCAGGUCCAGGGAAGAAAAGAACCGAGUGGUGGUGGACAAGAGGCCGAAGGAAGACAGAGAUAGAGAGAAAGACAGGGAGAGGGAGAGGAGGACUGACAGAGCUGAGAGGACAAUUAAAGAUCGGCUUGGACAGAUGAAACCCGGGGGGAAAUUCAAGGACAAGCCUGAUGAGCCGAGAAAUGUCAGGAGCAGACUGGGACCAGUCAAGAGCAAAUUCAUCGCUUUGGGGAGGCUGGGUGUCAAAGUUCGGGAGGAUGACAAGCAAGAGGAUGAUGAUGAUGAGGAAGAGGAAGUUGUUGGUCCUGUGAGGUCGAGGAUCAUCGCUGUUAACAAUGUGGAUAAGCCCGAGCACAAGGAUGGCGAUAAAGAUGGAGAGGAGGAGGAAGAGGAGGAUAAGGAUAAAGAUAAAGACAAAGUUAUUGCUAGUAAAGUUAUCGUAACACCCCGGCCGCUUAAACCUCUUCAGCCGGCUCAGAAAAGAGCCACCCAGUCGCUCCUCCUCAGGGCUGUCGCGGAAGCCAAUCAGUCGGUUGUUAAACAAAAAAAUCCGGAGCCUGCUUUGCUGGAUAAAAAACCUGUUUUAAAACGAUUACAACCGAUAAAUAUGAGAACCAGUGGACAAAAUUUUUCCGUGCAUUUAAAUGCAACGAAGCGAUUGGUCAUGGAGAAAAUUCAAGUUGAAUUGACUACUUCUGACAGUAAUCGAACGGAGCCAGAACCUUAUGUACCUAGAGCUGUUACUGAUGAACAAAUGGGCGUUGUAAUGUCAUUAUUCAAGCGAGGUAAUGAUAAUCAAAAAUUUCUAGUCACUUUAAAUGGUUAUAAUAAUAAUGUUAAUAAAGAAGACAGUUAUUCUGAGGACGACGGCUUGGAAAUGGAGGUAAAUGAAGACGACGAAUUAAUUUUAAACAAUAGCCAGAGUGAGUCAUUUAUAACCAACUCGGGAAUCUCAUUAGAAGCUGAAGAAAUAGACGACACUAUCGACAACACUGACAGUAAUUUAGAAAAUUCAGAGCUUGAUAAUCUAAACAUCACAGAGGAGGUCGAAACCAUCGAGGCUGUUGACGACCAGGAGAAGAUAGAGACUGCUGAAAACAAUGAAAAUCAGUGCACUGAUAACAUCAAUAAUCUAAUAAACGAAGUGACGCCGCCUAAGCGUAGAAAAUUGAGUCCCAUCGUUUACACGCGAUCGCCGUCACCAGAGAAGACUAAAACCGUGUUAUCAACGGUCACUGCAGUGGACAAAAAAUCGUCAUUUGGUUUGUCUUGCACUAAAUUAGGAUGCGUAUUUUCGCAUCCAUCACAGCAGUGCAAGUACCAUCCGUUCUGUACAAAACCGGGGUGUAUGUAUUUACACCCUCAAGCAGUACCCGCACCUGUUGUUAUUCCAGCAGCCGCUACUGCAUCAGCUCCUCUGGAAUCUGUUCGUGCUAAAUUUACGUGGCGCAGACGUGAUUAA